AUGUCAGAAAAUAAAUGGAUUUACAAUUCCAAAUUAAAGUUCACACCAGUUAAUCCUAAACCAUACCUUAGAAGUCUCAUUGACACUCCUAUAAUAGUCACAUUAAAAUUCAAUAAAACUCAAUACAAAGGAAUUUUAGUAUCAACAGAUAACUACUUUAACAUCCAGCUUCGAAAUACUGAAGAAAUUGUAGAUGGUAAAACUACAGGCCAGCUAGGAGAUAUCUUCAUCAGAUGCAACAAUGUUCUAUGGAUAGGUCAAGAUCUUGAAAAGAUAGCCCAAAACAGGGAGAACACCGAGACUUCCACCUCAUAA